AUGGACCCAUCGCCUCUGACGGCCAUCCAAGGCGGCGGCGCCAACGCCCGUCCACCAGCCACAGCAGCCAGCAGCGCCACCACCCCCACCACAGCGCAGGUCGCCACCCCCACCACCGCACACGCCACCCCCCAGGCCAACGUGGCCAAUUCACCCGGCGGCAGCUCGGCUGCCGUCCCCGAGAGCCCCAUCAGCGUGGGCGAGAGUGAUGCCGACUUCAGGCCUGGCCCGCGCUUCAAGGAGGGGUCUGGACCGGGUGGCGGUGGCCGGGGGAGGGGCGGCCGGAAGGGGUGCCCUCCUGGCGCCUGGAAGGCCAUCCCUGCCGGCCUGGCCGUGGCCGCCGUCGGGGUUUUGAUCGCACUGCUUGUGGUCUACUUGCGGGGCACCGAGUGCUCCUGGCAUGUAAGUCAGCCCCUACACCCACACAGCAGCCAGCAACGGUUGGUUGAUCGAUGUGUUCGUCUGUGUGGUGUGGUGUGGUGUAGGAGGAGGGUGAGGCGUGUACGUUGAAUUGGGAGACGAGUUCCAGCGGCAGCAGGAAAAGGUGCCUCGCACCGCUCACAUGCGUCAGGAGCGACACAGCCACCAACGACAACGAAGGUGGGAGGGAAACAAGCGAACCACCAACAGCUACCUCCUGCCAUAGCUGACUGACUGAUGUCUCUCUCUGUGUGCGUCAUGCAUGUGAUGCAUGUGAUGACAGGCACGUGUGUGUUCCCGUAUUCCCGUGGGCUGAACCAGCCCUGCGUGCCCGCGGAUAAUUCACAGCAGGAGCUGUGUGCCAACGGCCUUUUUUGUAAUUCCUCCAACGUCUGCUCCCCCAGACACCUCAUAGGUAUACAUGCUCAUACCUGUCCACCAAAACACCACACAACACACACGUGUCGUGAGGCAUACACACUUGGUGCCCCUUCCUGUGUGUGUGUGUGUGUGUGUGUGUGUCAGGUUGCCCGUGUGACGCGAGUGAGAAGUCGCCGUGUGCGGCUGGGGGCCAGUGUCUUCGGAUGGCCCUCAACGUGACCAACUUCGCCCCCUUCACCGAAGGAUCCACCUCCCGUGCACGUUCGCUGCAGGGCAUCCCGUCCCGCAACAACAUCGGCCACGACUGCCUGGCCGACAUCCUCACCGACCCCGAGGUGGUCGACCCGCGGAUCUCUAUCGUGGAGCUGUCUCCGUCCUUCAACGCCUCCGUCAACGCCAUCGCCAACCUCAACUCGAGCGUCGAAAUCGACCGCAACGAGGGCUUCGUGUACGGCCACUUCUGCGUGCUGGAGGAGCUGCCCGUGGGCGGCAACUGCUCCACGCCAUUUAGCUUCUGCUCCGACUGCGGGAGCUGCGACAACGGCACCUGUGUGGUGGGCAGGGAUCCCGGCGGCAGGCCCUUCUCGGACGACACGACGGGCGUCAUCGCCACUCGCGUCGACCGCAAAGAGGCGUCGUUCGCGGAUGCACUCAGGACAAGACGGGGAUGCAUCGACCAGUGCUGCCCAGAAGUACGCACACACACAAACACACACAAACACACGUGGUUAUCCUUGUGUGUUGUUGGUCGAUGGACCAGGGUUACUACUGUCCGGCAGCGAGCACGUCGCUGGUGGAGCCGGAGUGCCAGCCCCGGCAGGAUGUGGACGCCCCCUGCGACGGGUCGAACCCCCAGCAGUGUGCCAUAGGCCACGUCUGCCUCAACAACACAUGCACCAAACAGUUCUCGAAGGCGCAGGGGCCUGUCGAUGGGACAAUCGGUGCGUGGGCACGUCGCACCCACCGGUGUCUCGCUGAGUGAGUGGCGUAGCUGUUUGUUUGACUUUGUGUGCAGGUAUAGGUUUUGAGAAUGCGACUUUGUGUGCGCCUUGGCUUAAGUGGGACGAGAACAGCCGGACCUGCCAGCGCGUCAACGGCACCACCUGUGACAUCGACGCCGACUGCCAGGGCCUCGGCGGAUUUGGGUACUGUGACUGUGAGACCUCCCUGUGCGUUUCGCCCGUCUUCGACGAAUGCCUGGACGUCUUUCAGUCAUAUAAGGUCGGUCUACAGACAGCACAGGGCGUGGCGUCUCAUUAUCCCACCCGCCCUCACGUGUGCUGUGCAUGCGUAGGUGUCUGAGCAGCUGUACGCCACCCGUCGCGCAACUUUGGAGGAGUGGGAGCAAAGGUGGGCCGACCUGCUGUGCUGCCUCAACGCCACAGGCCGGGCACCCGUGACCCUCAAGGGCCUCACCCUCCCGCCCCAAGGCCUGUCCGACUCUGAGCUAGAGUUCCGCCCCUUCAAGUUCAACUGCACUGGCGGCCCAGCACAAGGCGUUCCAAGCCGCUCCUCGCCUGCCGAAGGCUCCCCUGCGGCGUCAUUUGUGGACGAGUCACGAGGGACGCCCGUCGAGGAUGCCCCAUCGGGCACUGGCGACGGCGACGACUCCGCGCCCCGAGGCAUCCCUGGCGCAUCGGGUGUCGUCACCGACGAGUCAUCUGCCGGUGCUGGGGCGGGCGGAGCCAUCGACGAGCGUGACAUCGGCGAUGAGACGAGGUCGGAAAGGUUGGAGGCCCCCGACGGCCCCACCUCCGCACCCUCCUUUGCGGGUGAUGACUCCGAGGAGUCAGUGAUCCGCAGCCCCGACAGUCAGCCGGUCGCCGAGGAGCCCGACACAGCAGAGGGCGGUGCUGGCGCAGGUGGCGCGCCGCCCUCCACUCCUCGCGACGUGGGCGAUGACGUCGCGCCCGGUGUGAGUGAAGAGGAUGCUGUUGGUGCUGAGCCGCCGAGUGAGGAGGGCUUCAUUGAGGGCCAGACCACCAAUGGGACCAACGGCACCGACGGCCAGCCAUCCACCGGCGUUGGUGUGAGCGACGAGGAGGCCCCUGUGUCCGUCAUUUCUGACCCCGAUGGACCAGGAGCACCUGCCGAGGAGGAGGUCACCCUCCCGGAUGAGGCCGACUUCUCCGACACCCCUCAGGAAGGCGUCGAGCCCGGUGCAGCUCCGCCCACGGACGAGCAAGGACAACGUAAGUGAAGUGAGCACACGACACAGACAGACACCACACACCAAUGACCAGAAUGAUGUCUCGUUUGUGUUUUGCCUGGCGCUCUGUCAGAGAUCGGCAGCGGUCCCCUUGGUCCCUUCCCUGGUGGACGGCCAGCUGACGGCGGCGCCGGACCCGGAGAGGCUCCACCAGCUGGCGAGGCUCCAUCUGCUGUCGAGGGUCCACCUGCCCCCGAGGGUCCACCUGCCCCUGGUGGUGACGGCGGCGCAGGAGCUCCGCCACCAGCUGCAGCUGGGCCAGAAGGGCCUCCCGACGGCGCACCAGCUCCCCCUCCCGGAGCGCCUGAAGUGGAGCCAGGCCAGAACCGCACCGGCGGUGAGGCGCCCCCCGACCAGCAAGACCAGCCUCAAGAGGGAGACCAGCCGCAAGAGGGCGACCAGCCCGGUGAGCAACCAGCAAGUGGCGAGGACGGCACGCAGCCGGAUGGUGGAGAGGAACCCGGCUUGGGCGCAGGAGCGGGCGCAGGUGACGCAGAGGACGGGAUGGGCGUCCCUCCCCCGCUCCCGAAUGACACUGACGCGUCUCCCGGAUCUCCAGCCCCUGGUGACGAUAUGUUCGUGCCACCAGCUGAUGCCGGCGUUGGCCCCAUCACUGGCGAUGAAGGCGGCGCUGUCGCUGGACCACCGGCUGACCAACCGCGGGAAGGCGAGCCUCCUGCCGAGCAGCCGAGUGAAGGCGAGCCUCCUGCCGAGCAGCCGAGUGAGGGCGAGGCUCCAGCUCCCUCAGAAGGGGACGGUGACCGCACUGCGCCUGGCGAGGCACCUGAGGAGGAGGUCGUCACUGCGCCAAGUGGGGCUGGUGGCACUGGGCCGAGCGGCGAGGCACCAUCGGCAGAGGAGCCACCCGAAGGGCCCGCUGCUGCCCCGGAGGCUCCUGACCAGAACGACACGUCCGUCGACAUUCCUGAAGGUCAGAAUAAUGGGACCAUUACCGUCGAAUUCGACUUCCCAGACCAGACAGUGGCACCAGACGAUGACCACACAGACACAGGACGAGACGAGGAUGGGACAGUCAGCAGGGAGGAUGGGACAGCCAGCAGGGAGGGGCCAGACAGUGACAUUGAGAGUGAUACAAAUGAGCAACAGCCAGCAGCAGACGAGGAGGGAGGGGAGGGACAGCCGGCAGGCGGCGGAGGGGCCGUCACUGUCGAUGAUGAAUUUGACGUCUCUGAUCGUGACGAUGUGUCUCCCCCUGCAGAGUCCGACACAGCCGCCGAGGAGAGGGAGCCAGGUGCCGUGACACAGGUGGAGGACGCCGCCACGACGCCCACACCUCUCGAUAGCGAAGAGGGAGAGGAAGAGCAAGAGGACCAGGGCCUGGUGGCGCCGCCCCCUCUGGACGAGGAUGACGACGACAGCGUGUUGAUCAUCAUUGACGAGCCGGAUGACGGUGACGCCAUCGACGAGGGCGGGUCAGACGUCUCACCAGGUCAGAACAUCACCUCGGGAGGAGGCGGGUCGCCAGGCCAGUCAGACGAGAGCGAGCCAGACCAGCCGGCCCCGGACAGCGGGGACGGCACCACACCAGACAGCAGGGAUGGGACAAACAGCGGGCCGGUCCCGGAUGAUGAGGGCAUGAUCGCGCCUCCCGCACUCGAGCCUGAUGUUCCCUCAGAUGGUGACGGUGCCCCCGAAGGCGAGACCACCCCUUCGCCGCUCGACGAGGAGGAUGGCGUCGAAGCACCGCCCGUCAGCGAUGAGGAUGGAGACGGCGUCGACGACGUCGCGGCACCCCCCCGCACACAACCUGGUGAAGAAGACGAGCUCCAGGUGGUCAUGCCCCCUGAUGUGACGGGCCCAGGCAGAGUGGGUGGCGAACCGGCUGACGGCCCACCAGGUCAGGACAUAGCCCCGGGAGACGGGGCGGCUGUGCCAGGCCAGUCAGGCGAGGAAGAGCCAGACCAGCGAGACAGCCCAGCAGAGAGAGGGAAUGGGACAGACAGCGACAGCUCAGUGGGGGGCGGCGCGGUCGAUCAGCCAUCGGUCUCUAACGACACAGCCGACAUGAUCGUGCCUCCCCCACUCGAGCCUGAUGACGGUGGCGCCUUCGAUUCACGUGACGACGGCGCUGUGCCUGUCCUCUCAGAUGUUGACGGCCCACGUGGCGAGCAGGAAGGCGUGACCACCCCCGCACCCCUCGACGAGCAGCAGCAGCGGCAGCCAGGGGAGGAGGGCGUGGCGUCGCCAGGCCCCGGUGAGGAUGAGGAUGAAGGUGACAUGAUCAUCAUCGAUGAGCCCGAAGAAGGUCAGGAGAACAGAACUGCCGACGACGCACCCGGCCAGCCAGGCAUAGACGAGAUACGAGGUGGCGGGGGCCAGCCGACUGACAACUGGACAGACAGCCGAGAUGAGGCGCCCAGCGAGGACAGUGGGAAUGGGACAGUCAGCGAGCCAGACAGUGGGGAGGGGAAUAACGGCACCAGACAGCAGCCCCCCGUCGCUGGAGGAGACACUAAUGUCACUGACAUCACUGUCCCCCGUCCCGGCCCCCCUGUGUCUGUUGAUGGACCUACAGAUCGCACCGAGCCCGGCCCGCCAGGAGAUGAUGUCGAGGACGGCAGUGUCACGGCUCCUGAUGGCGUCAGCGUGACCACUCCUGGCGAUGAAGAAGAUGGUGUGGCGCCGCCCCUGCUGGGAGGUGAAGGGCCGUCUGCGCCAUCUGGGCCAUCGGCGCCGUCUGGACCAUCUGAAGAGGAGGGUGACGGUGAUGGUGAUGCAGGAGUGAUCGACUCCAACCGCACUGUCGGUGACGCCCCGUUGCAGGCAGGACAUGAGCGGUCGGGCGACGCUCUGUGCAAACUCAUCUGCUCCUCACAGGUGAGUGAGGGAACACACAACACUCACUCACACAGACAGACGGGGGGGAGGCCGAUAAAUAAAUGCGUCGCUCGCUCAUUGUCUGGCCUCUUCCCUCCCUCGUGUGUGUUGUGGUGUGUCGUUCAUGUGCAGGAGACCAGCACCUACUGCGCCCUGAUCAAGAAGGCAUCGGGCCUGCGGCUUCGGAGGAGCUUGCUCGGCUGGUCCUCCUCAGGAACGGGCCACUACCAGUCCGGCUCACAAUCGACAGGAGGCGAGUCGGAGAGGACGCCGUCGGACUCAGGUGGCGGCAGCGGCGAGAUCGGCACUGCUUUCGGCCCUGCUGUCGACGGCCGGAGUCGGCAACGGGUCAACAUGGAGGCUGACAACCUCUACGACCUGCUCUGCUCGGGAGGGCCUUUCACUGGUACGCCUGCAGGCAUGACGCGCUGCCCCUCCCUCCCUCCCUCCAUCCACCCACCCACCCACGGGUGCAUUGUGUGUGUGUUGGUCUGUGUGAACGACUGCAGUCUUCGCGCCCACGAACGCCGCUUUCGACGGCCUGGCGGACAUCCUCAUGAGGCGGCUCACCACAUCAAGCGCCAAUGACCUCGACACGGUGAGUGACGACGGACGGACGGAGGGAGAGGAAGGGCCUGCUUGACCCGGGAGCGAUGUGUGUGCUUGUGUGUACAUGUAUGGGUGGUGCAGUUGUUGCGCAAGAGCAUCUUCCAGGGUGAGUGGAACACGGCCGACUUCAACAGCACCCGUCUGCACGUCAAGAACCUCAACGGCCACGGCGAGAGCCUCCGCUACUUCCAGAUGGUCAUGCCCAGACGCGUGGCCCUCGGCAGGUCCUACACCGCCGCAGAGGACCACACCGUCAACAUCAUCGCGUCAAACGGCGUCAUCCACCUCAUCUCCAACGCAGAGCACCUCAAGCUCGCCUACCAUCUCAGGGACAGGCGGAGCGGCUCCUUGCGGGGCAGCAGAGGGGCAGCUGGCCAACAGCGAGGGGGCCCGUGCCGACGGACGAGGGCGAGAUCUCUCGAGGGCUCCUCAGCCUCAGCUGACGAUGACUGCUAG